UUUCCGGCGGAACACGAGCGGUGUUUUGGUCCUCUCAUGCUCAUGGCUGCUCACGGUAAUAACUUUAUCCGCGUGCGCUUACACUUCGACUACCCGCCCCCGGCUGUUGUUGACUGCCGCAUGUGCUGGCUGCUCGUGGACCUGAACACGUGUCGCGUGGUGGCGGAUCUAGAGAGUCUGAUCAGAGAGAAGUUUGAGUUCAGCCGCAGAAGCAUCCUCAACCUGUUCAUACAAGACUGCUACCUGCCGCACACAGAGAGCGUGCACGUGGUGCGCGAUGAUGACAGCCUCAGGGUGAAGGUGGACUGUCUGGCUCAGGUGAAUGGGCACAGCAGCCGUCCAGAUGCAGCAAGUGAAAAGUGCAGAAAGAGACAGAGACCCACAGAGGAGGAUGGGCCAGGAGAAGAUGGAGUGAGCGUGGAAUGGAAGAAAAAAAAGAGGAAAAACAAGAGUGAGGAGAGCCUGCAGAGGGAUACCAAGCAGGCUUCAGGUGAUGAGAGCAAUACGAAGUCACAAAGAAAGCCAACAGACAAGAAGAAGAAAAGAAAGAAGGCAGAGUUAACCCCCAAACCAGCUGCUUCUCCCAAAAAAAAACCAGCUAGUGUAGAGCAGCCAGUUAAAAGCGCCAAGAAGCCCCCAGUGGCAAAGGCAAAAACGCAGGAUGUCUCUUCAGAUUCCAGUUGCAGCAGCAGCGAGAACGAUAAAGCUCCCAAAAAACCAGCUGCCAAAAAAACGUUACCCAAAAUUCCCUCCUCCACCCCUGCUGCCUCCAAGACGCCUCCAACCACCAAACCCCCCCAGACUAAAUCACACGCUCCUUCAUCAUCAUCUUCAGAAAGCACCUCCUCUGAUGAGGCCCCCGCUGUAAAAAACCUGCCAAAAAACACCCAUAUAACCUCCACAACCCCUAAAGGUAGAAUAAGUGACAACAUCAAAUCGCAGCAGGCUCUUCCUGCCCUGCAGUCCACAAACGGUGCGCAGAAGCAGGCUGCAAGCGCUGCGGUGCCGAAUCACCAUGACAACGUAGUUCCUUGUAACUCAGGUUGUGAUGACGAGAUCAAGCUGGUUAUCCGCCGGCCAAUGCAGCAGCCAGGCCUCGGGGGGGACAGCCAGUCGCCUUGGAGAGGCCGCGGCCGGGGACACGCCAGACGUGGGAGUCCUGGAGAGACAGGCAGGGGUGGAGGUCGAGGUAGAGGAGGCUUUACAGAGUUCAGCUAUCAUGGAGCCAAGGAGCCGUCCUGCCACACAGACUCACUGACCAACCUGUCAGUGAUCCUCCAGAAUGGAGCAGAAGCUGCUCCCCGACGGGACUACAGCUCCAUGCCUCUGCUGGCUGCCCCUCCUCAGCUGGGGCAGUUGAUUGCCUUCAAGUUACUGGAGCUAACUGAGAACUAUACACCGGAGGUAUCAGAAUAUAAGGAGGGAAAGAUUGUGAGCUUUGACCCAACCACCAAACAGAUUGAGCUGGAACUUCUUAAUUCCUUCCAAGCUCCUGUGGAGCCGGGCAAGUUUGACCUGGUCUAUCAGAAUGCAGAUGGCUCUGAGAGUGUGGAGUAUGCAGUGUCCAGAGGCUCCCAGGUCACAGAGCGCUGGGACUCCCUGCUGGAACCCAGGCUGAUCAUUUAAAUGGGACCAAGCAGUUUUCUCCACUUUACUUUUACUUCAGGAUCCUUCAACUCGUACUCCAGCGCCUACGUUAAACUGGGAAGUUACUUCUGUGCAUUGCAUAUGACAGCUAAGGGAUGUGAUUAAGAUUGAUGUAUUUGCUUCUCUGUACUUCUCAAUAACUCAUCACUUUGCACAGAAAAGCUACUGGAGGUGUAAGUAUUGACAAAUAUAAUUUUUAAUAUGUAGGUGAAAUGAGUGAUCACCUCCAGGACUUAGACAGUUUUAUGUUUUAUACAGUGUUGUGACUGUGGAUAUCAGUCGUGUAUAAACAGCUUUUCUAAUAAAAUACUUCGGGUCUAUUGUAUUAUUCCAUUGUGGAAAUGUACUCUGUUAUGGAAGGCUGUUUCUGCCGGGUAAAGAUAAGAAUGGUAGGAAUGCUAAAACUAGAACACAUAGUGAUUCAAAAUUAUGAGAUAAGUCAAGAGUAUACUGAAUUCCUAUGUAAAAGUUUAAAAUGUAGUUGCUGUUUUCCAAAUUUGCCAUUUAUACUAUCAGGAAAGCAUACAUUGCCUGCAUCAAACUGGGUUAUUAAAUCUUUUUUUUAA